AUGAAAACAGCAAAAAAAGAAGGAAAACGAGGCGGGAAAAAGAUGAAGAAAGAGAAAACGCCAAACGAUAUCCACACCGACAAGUCUCUAAAAAGAAUAACAAAGACAGUAUGGCUAAAUAUAAGACCAAGAAGCCAAACCAUUCACAUACCCCCUCCCCUCUGCACGCCGCCAACAGCGCCAUAG